UGCGCGCCUCGACCCGUCACGUGACCACACGGCUUGGGUAGUGUUCGCCUCGGCGAAGGGCCGGACUCGGAGCUCGAGACCCCAGCGAGCGGACGCUGUCCCGGUGCCUCGCAGAACCAGCGCGCUCACCAUGGCGAUGCAUUUCAUCUUCUCGGAUCAGGCAGUGCUGCUCUUUGAUUUCUGGAGUGUCCACAGUCCUGCAGGCAUGGCCAUUUCGGUGUUGGUGGUCCUGCUCCUGGCUGUGUUGUAUGAAAGCCUCAAGGUUGGCAAAGCCAGGCUGCUCCUCCAGGCCCUGAUGAGCCUGUCCACAGCCACCAGGCAGCAGCUCAUCGAAGAGACAGACCAGGAUUCAAGUUCAGACUCACUCCCAGACAGCAGGACCCAUCUCAGGUGGUUCAUGUGUCACUUUGGCCAGUCUUUACUCCACGUCGCUCAGGUGGUCAUUGGCUACUUCAUGAUGCUGGCUGUGAUGUCCUACAACACGUGGAUUUUCUUUGGUGUGGUCCUGGGCUCAGGUGUGGGCUACUACCUGGCCUACCCACUUCUCAACAUGACUUAGCUCGUGAAGGCUGUGCAGGAACUAAGGGCUGGAGAGAGCAGGGGCCCCUUCCCCAAACAUUUAUCUUCCAGCCUCAUGUCUUCUGUCUCUUCUGCUGGCUAGUCUCACACCAUUCUCAGCUCCUGAAAACUUUCAGCUGAAGCCAGCACAUGCUCCCUGGAGUUCAGAGGCCAUUGCGGCUCCUCAGCCAGCCUGUAGAGAGCUCAGGCAUAGUCAGUCUAUGCCUUAAAAAGGCUGCUGUGACCAGAGGGAGGAUGGAGAGACCAGAACCAGGGGGCAGGUUUGCUGAGCCCAUGAGGACUUAUCUGACUUAAAACUUACGAAUUUCCAAAGAUCAAGACAGGGAGAUGGUUCUGGGUGAUGAACCUGGAUAUCCUCUGCUCUCCUGAUCUGUGCCUUAUGCAGAGGAGCACCUUCCACUGGAAUUCCUGACUUCGGCCUCUCGGGGACAGAGAUGCGGUGGCUCCUUUUUCUCACCUUUCUGCCUUGGGACAGGUGAAGAUUGUGCCUUCUGUGGAUCAUGCUGACAAACUGAGAUUUCUCAUUGUUCCCACUGAAUGCCUGGUUGGCAAUUUUGCACAUUAAUAACAAAACCAAAUUUUUACUGAAAUGAUUUUAUUUUGUUCAUGAUCGUAGCAGCAUCUGCUGGGACCUGUUUCCCUUUCUUGGGGAGAGGAAGUGACAGCAGAUUAAAAGCAGAGAAGCAGGACUGUUUUCCAGGCCUUGACCUAUCUGAACAGAGGGAACUCCUCCCAUCAGAUGACACUGCCUGCGGGAAGAAGAUAGUUCAAUGCCUUCAGGUGUCCAGUAGCUCUUGUGGCCUUAAUAACCUCCUUUUAUCCUGAUCCUUCUUCUAUGCAAAAGCAAGAACUGCACUGAAUAACAUCUAAUACUAAUGCUAUUUAUUACUUACUGUUCACACUUAUAAUCUGGUGGGGAAACAUGAUUCACUUAAACUACUGAGUAAGCCACAGGGGGUACCGACUGAAGAUGCAAUAAGUAACCAAACCAAAGCAUUAUGUUAUAGAGUUAGAUAGGGCUCUUCAGAUAUUUGAACCUUUUCACUUAAAAAAAAAAAAAAAAAAGGAAAGAAGUGGUACUGGGAGAGGAAAUCACUGCUGUAUACUGUAAUGUCUGUACUCAGGUACCUCACAGGCCGGAUGAAAGGUGGUCUAAGCUUUGGGAAUUGAAAAAGAAAGACGCAUUUUAAUAAAUAUAUAUUUUUAAAUA